AUGGAGAAGAAAGCAACAAUUCUAAUGGAAAAGUAUGAGGUAGGGCGCAUGAUUGGCCAAGGAAAUUUCGCGAAAGUUUACCAUGCAAGGAACUUAAAGACAGGACAAAAUGUUGCCAUCAAAGUGUGUAACAAAGAAAUGAUCAUGAGAGUCGGUAUGAAGGAACAAAUGAAGCGCGAAAUUUCUGUGAUGCAUCUCGUUCGACACCCCAACAUUGUCGAAUUCUAUGAUGUCAUGGCAAGCAAAACAAAAAUAUAUUUUGCUAUGGAAUACGUGAAAGGCGGCGAGCUUUUCAAUAAAGUGUCCCGAGGGAAGCUAAGGGAAGAUAUGGCUAGAAAAUAUUUCCAACAACUUAUUGAAGCUGUUAACCAUUGUCACAAAAGAGGGGUUUAUCACCGCGAUCUUAAACUGGAAAAUCUUCUCCUCGACGAAAAUGGUGAUCUCAAAGUUUCGGAUUUCGGUCUUAGUGCAUUGUUGGAAUCAAAAAAGAAAGAUGGUCUUCUUCACACAACAUGUGGUACUCCAGCUUAUGUAGCACCUGAGGUUAUCAGGCAGAAAGGCUACGAUGGCGCCAUGGCAGAUAUUUGGUCUUGUGGUAUUAUUCUCUAUGUUCUAUUAGCUGGUUAUCUUCCUUUCAAUGAUAAAAAUCUAAUGGAAAUGUAUAAGAAGAUUGCAAAAGCAGAAUUCAAGUUUCCGCAAUGGUUUCGUUCUGAUGCGAAAAGGCUUAUUUAUAGAAUUCUUGAUCCUGAUCCAAGAACAAGAAUUACUAUUAACAAUAUAAUGCAAAAUAGUUGGUUUCAAAAAGGGUAUAAACAGAUUGAAGGACCAAAAUUACCACCUAUAUCGCUUACGCGUGGCGAUGUCUCAGAUUUUCAUGAUGCUUUUGAUGAUCCAUCAUCACCAUCAAAUGAUCCUCCAAGUCCAAUGUCUGUUAAAGAUCAUGAAGACUAUGCUAUGAAGCCAUAUUGUUUCAAUGCAUUUGAUAUCAUAUCACUCACUUCAGGAUUUGAUCUUUCUGGUUUGUUUGAGAAAGAUAUGAGUGAAAGACAACAUGCAAGAUUUGCUACAAAAAAACCACCUUCAAUAGUUGUGUCAAAACUUGAAGAAAUAGCACAAUUAGAUGGUAGAUUUAAGGUUAAGAAGCAAAAUGGGAUUGUAAGAUUGGAGGGAAAUGAGACAGGGAUAAAUGAACAACUUAGUAUAGAUACAGAAAUCUUUGAAGUUUCUUCUUCAGUUUAUAUUGUUGAGGUGAACAAAAUUGUUGGAGACAUGUUGGAAUAUAGGAAUUUCUGGAACCAGUUGUUAAAGCCUUCGCUAAAUGAAAUUGUUUGGGUUUGGCAAGAAUAUGAAUAGUCCACACCCGCA